AUGUCGUCAGACGCUGAAAUGGCAGUUUUCGGGCCAGCUGCCUCUUUUCUCCGGAAGUCAGAAAAGGAGAGAAUUGAAUCCCAGAAUAAGCCCUUUGAUGCCAAGACCGCCGUUUAUGUGGUGAAUCCUAAGGAAUCCUAUGUGAAAGGCAUUGUACAAAGCAGAGAAGGAGGGAAAGCCACAGUCAAGACUGAAAAAGGAGAAAGUGUGACUGUUAAGGAUGACCAAGUCUUUCCUAUGAACCCUCCCAAAUAUGACAAAAUUGAGGACAUGGCCAUGAUGACCCACCUCAAUGAACCUGCUGUCCUGUAUAACCUCAAAGAGCGUUAUGCAGCCUGGAUGAUCUACACUUAUUCAGGUCUCUUCUGCGUCACUGUUAAUCCCUACAAGUGGUUGCCAGUGUACAACCCAGAGGUGGUUAAUGCAUACAGGGGGAAAAAGCGUCAAGAGGCUCCUCCCCACAUCUUCUCCAUUUCUGACAAUGCGUAUCAGUCCAUGUUAACUGAUCGCGAGAAUCAAUCCAUUUUGAUCACCGGAGAAUCUGGUGCUGGAAAAACUGUGAACACGAAACGUGUCAUCCAGUACUUUGCAACCAUUGCAACUUCUGGUGAAAAGAAAAAGGAAGAAUCAGCCCAACAAGGCAAAAUGCAUGGCACCCUUGAAGAUCAAAUCAUCAGUGCCAAUCCCUUGCUGGAGGCGUUUGGAAAUGCCAAGACUGUGAGGAAUGACAACUCUUCACGCUUUGGCAAAUUCAUCAGAAUCCAUUUUGGUGCCACUGGCAAACUGGCUUCUGCAGACAUUGAGACAUAUCUGCUGGAGAAGUCCAGAGUUACCUUCCAGCUCAAGGCUGAAAGGAGCUACCAUAUCUUUUAUCAGAUCAUGUCCAACAAGAGGCCAGAACUGAUCGAGAUGCUUCUGAUUACUACCAACCCAUAUGACUUCCAUUUUGUGAGCCAGGGUGAGAUCACUGUUGCCAGCAUUGAUGAUCAAGAAGAGUUGAUGGCAACUGAUAGUGCCAUUGACAUCCUGGGCUUCACAGCUGAGGAAAAAACAGCCAUUUACAAGCUGACCGGAGCUGUUAUGCACUAUGGGAAUAUGAAAUUCAAGCAGAAGCAGAGAGAGGAACAGGCUGAGCCAGAUGGCACUGAAGUUGCUGAUAAGGCUUCCUACCUCAUGAAUCUCAACUCAGCGGAUCUUCUAAAAGCUCUGUGCUAUCCCCGGGUCAAGGUUGGCAAUGAAUAUGUCACCAAAGGCCAAACUGUCCAGCAGGUCUACAAUAAUGUUGGUGCUCUGGCUAAAGCUGUAUUUGAGAAGAUGUUCUUGUGGAUGGUCGUCCGCAUCAACCAACAAUUGGAUACCAAACAACCCAGGCAAUAUUUCAUCGGUGUGCUGGACAUUGCUGGCUUUGAGAUCUUUGAUUACAACAGCUUGGAGCAGCUCUGCAUCAACUUCACCAAUGAGAAACUGCAACAGUUUUUCAACCAUCAUAUGUUUGUCCUGGAGCAAGAAGAGUACAAGAAAGAAGGAAUUGAAUGGGAGUUCAUUGAUUUUGGAAUGGACUUGGCUGCCUGCAUUGAACUCAUUGAGAAGCCCAUGGGCAUUUUCUCCAUCCUGGAAGAAGAGUGCAUGUUCCCCAAGGCAACAGACACAUCUUUCAAGAACAAGCUCUAUGACCAGCACCUUGGCAAGAGCAACAAUUUCCAGAAACCCAAGCCUGCCAAAGGGAAAGCUGAAGCUCAUUUCUCCCUUGUGCACUAUGCUGGCACUGUUGAUUACAACAUUAGCGGCUGGCUAGACAAGAACAAGGACCCCCUGAAUGAAACCGUGGUGGGUCUGUUUCAGAAGUCUUCCAUGAAGACCUUGGCCUUACUGUUUGCUGGUAGUCGCUUGGCGCCAAAUCUGGGCUCUGGGGGGGGCAAGAAGGCUGCCAAGAAGAAGGGCUCUUCCUUCCAGACUGUGUCUGCCCUUUUCAGGGAAAACUUAAACAAGCUGAUGACCAAUCUGAGGAGCACUCAUCCACAUUUUGUGCGCUGCCUCAUCCCCAAUGAAACUAAAACUCCCGGUGCCAUGGAACAUGAGCUUGUAUUGCACCAACUGAGAUGUAAUGGUGUACUUGAAGGUAUCCGAAUUUGCAGGAAAGGCUUUCCCAGCAGGAUUAUUUAUGCUGAUUUCAAACAGAGAUACAAAGUUCUGAAUGCAAGUGCCAUCCCAGAGGGACAAUUCAUAGAUAGCAAGAAGGCUUCUGAGAAACUUCUUGGAUCAAUUGAUGUCGAUCAUACCCAGUAUAAAUUUGGCCACACCAAGGUGUUCUUCAAAGCUGGGCUUCUGGGUCUUCUAGAGGAGAUGAGAGAUGAUAAGCUGGCACAACUGAUUACACGUACCCAAGCUAUGUGUCGUGGAUUCUUAGCAAGGUUUGAGUUCAAGAAAAUGAUGGAACGAAGAGAAUCCAUCUUUACUAUUCAGUACAAUGUUCGUUCAUUCAUGAAUGUGAAGCACUGGCCUUGGAUGAAAUUGUACUUCAAGAUCAAGCCCCUGCUGAAGAGCGCGGAGUCAGAGAAGGAAAUGGCCAACAUGAAGGAAGAGUUUGAACAAGCAAAGGAAAACCUUGCCAAGGCAGAGGCCAAAGUGAAGGAACUAGAGGAAAAAAUGGUGUCCCUAACGCAGGAGAAAAAUGACUUGCAACUUCAAGUCCAAGCUGAGUCUGAUGGCUUGGCGGAUGCUGAGGAGAGAUGUGAUCAGCUCAUCAAAACCAAAAUCCAGCUGGAAGCUAAAAUUAAGGAGCUGACUGAGCGGGCUGAAGAUGAAGAAGAAAUGAAUGCUGAGUUGACAGCCAAGAAGAGGAAACUGGAGGACGAAUGCUCAGAACUGAAGAAAGACAUUGAUGAUCUUGAGCUGACACUGGCCAAGGUGGAAAAGGAGAAGCAUGCUACAGAAAACAAGGUGAAAAACCUUACCGAAGAGAUGGCGGUCUUGGACGAGAACAUUGCCAAACUGACCAAGGAGAAGAAAGCCCUGCAAGAGGCCCAUCAACAGACCUUGGAUGAUCUGCAGGCAGAGGAGGACAAAGUGAACACUCUGACCAAAGCAAAGACCAAGCUGGAGCAGCAGGUGGAUGACCUUGAAGGGUCUCUGGAGCAAGAAAAGAAGCUUCGCAUGGACCUUGAAAGAGCUAAGAGGAAGCUAGAAGGGGAUUUGAAGCUAGCUCAGGAAUCUACAAUGGAUUUGGAAAAUGAUAAGCAGCAGCUGGAUGAAAAGCUGAAGAAGAAAGACUUUGAAGUCAGUCAACUCCAGAGCAGGAUUGAAGAUGAGCAGGCCCUGGGCGCCCAGCUUCAGAAGAAGAUCAAGGAGCUGCAGGCUCGUAUUGAGGAACUGGAAGAGGAGAUUGAGGCAGAACGGGCAUCUCGCGCCAAAGCAGAGAAACAGAGGGGUGAUCUCUCCAGGGAACUUGAAGAGAUCAGUGAGCGUCUGGAAGAAGCUGGUGGAGCAACUUCAGCUCAGAUUGAGAUGAACAAGAAACGUGAGGCAGAAUUUCAGAAAAUGCGUCGGGACCUUGAAGAGGCCACAUUGCAGCAUGAAGCCACGGCAGCUGCCCUCCGCAAGAAGCACGCAGACAGUGCAGCUGAACUUGGGGAACAAAUUGAUAAUCUGCAGCGAGUGAAGCAGAAGCUGGAGAAAGAAAAGAGUGAACUGAAGAUGGAGAUUGAUGAUCUUGCAAGCAAUAUGGAAUCUGUCUCUAAAGCUAAGGCAAAUCUUGAGAAGAUAAGUCGUACAUUAGAAGACCAGCUCAGUGAGCUUAAAUCAAAGGAGGAAGAACAUGUGCGCACAAUUAAUGACCUCAAUGCUCAAAGAGCACGUUUGCAGACAGAAACAGGUGAACUGUCCCGCCAAGUAGAGGAAAAAGAUGCAUUGAUUUCUCAACUUACAAGAGGCAAACAAGCCUUCACACAGCAGAUUGAGGAACUGAAGAGGCAGCUUGAGGAAGAAGUGAAGGCCAAAAAUGCCCUGGCACAUGGCUUGCAGUCAGCUCGCCAUGACUGUGAUUUGCUCCGGGAGCAGUUUGAAGAGGAGCAAGAAGCCAAGGCUGAGCUUCAACGGUCAUUGUCUAAAGCCAAUAGUGAAGUUGCUCAAUGGAGGACCAAAUAUGAAACAGAUGCUAUUCAGCGCACAGAAGAGUUAGAAGAAGCCAAGAAAAAACUUGCUCAGCGUCUGCAGGACGCUGAGGAACAUGUAGAAGCUGUGAAUUCCAAAUGUGCUUCCCUGGAGAAGACCAAGCAGAGGUUGCAGAAUGAAGUGGAGGACCUGAUGAUUGAUGUGGAAAGGUCCAAUGCAGCUUGUGCAGCUCUAGAUAAGAAACAGAAGAACUUUGAUAAGAUUCUGGCAGACUGGAAACAAAAAUACGAGGAGACACAGUCUGAACUGGAAGCUUCCCAGAAGGAAUCUCGGUCUCUGAGCACAGAGCUCUUCAAGAUGAAGAACGCAUAUGAAGAAUCCUUGGAUCACCUGGAAACUCUGAGGCGCGAGAAUAAGAAUCUCCAGCAGGAGAUAUCUGACCUAACGGAACAGGUUGCUGAGGGAGGAAAGGCCAUCCAUGAACUGGAAAAAGUGAAGAAGCAGAUUGAACAGGAGAAGGGUGAACUCCAGGCUUCCUUAGAAGAGGCUGAGGCCUCACUGGAACACGAAGAGGGCAAACUCCUGCGCAUCCAACUUGAGCUCAACCAGGUGAAAUCUGACAUCGACAGAAGAAUUGCAGAGAAGGAUGAAGAAAUUGAUCAGCUGAAGAGGAAUCACCUGAGAGUGGUAGAGUCCAUGCAGAGCACGCUGGACGCUGAGAUUAGGAGCAGGAAUGAUGCCCUGCGGCUUAAGAAGAAGAUGGAGGGAGAUCUGAAUGAAAUGGAGAUUCAACUGAGCCAUGCCAACCGUCAAGCUGCUGAAGCACAAAAGAACCUCAGGAACACACAAGGACAGCUCAAGGAUACUCAAAUACAUUUGGAUGAUGCUUUGAGAAGCCAGGAUGAUCUGAAGGAGCAAGUGGCCAUGAUUGAGCGCAGAGCAAACCUGAUGCAGGCUGAGAUUGAGGAGCUCCGGGCAGCUCUGGAACAGACAGAGAGGGCCAGAAAAGUGGCUGAACAGGAGCUUCUGGAUGCCAGUGAACGUGUGCAGCUCCUCCAUACCCAGAAUACCAGUUUGAUCAAUACCAAGAAGAAGCUGGAAACAGAUAUUUCACAAUUCCAAUCUGAAAUGGAGGAAUCUAUUCAGGAGGCACGCAAUGCAGAAGACAAGGCCAAGAAAGCCAUCACAGAUGCAGCUAUGAUGGCAGAAGAACUGAAGAAGGAACAAGACACCAGUGCCCACUUGGAGAGGAUGAAGAAAAAUCUAGAGCAGAGUGUGAAGGAUCUGCAGCACCGUCUUGAUGAGGCAGAACAGCUGGCAAUGAAGGGUGGCAAGAAGCAGCUCCAAAAAUUGGAGCACAGAGUGCGUGAAUUGGAAGCUGAAGUUGAGAAUGAGCAGAAGCGUAGUGCUGAUGCCAUCAAAGGUGUUCGUAAAUAUGAGAGACGAGUGAAGGAGCUGUCUUACCAGUCUGAGGAAGACAGGAAGAAUGUUCUGAGACUCCAGGAUCUGGUGGACAAAUUGCAACUGAAAGUGAAAGCAUAUAAGAGGCAAUCUGAAGAAGCUGAGGAAAUUUCCAACGUGAACCUUUCCAAGUUCCGCAAGAUUCAGCAUGAGCUGGAAGAAGCUGAGGAACGGGCUGACAUUGCUGAGUCUCAGGUGAACAAACUCAGGGUGAAGACCAGAGAAGUGCAUAAGAAGGUGGUUGUAAGCGAAGAAUAA